AUGCUGCUAGCGUCUGUUGUAUUCACUCAGCUGUCGUACGCCGCUCCUGUCUGGAUCUCCGCCAUCACAAAUUUUGCCAGAACCAGAACGAUCUUGAACCGUCCACAGAGGACUGCCGCCAUGAGARUGAUCCGGUCUUAUCGCAUCAUGUUGGACCAGGUCACUCUGGUUCUGGCCUGCAUGCCACCCGCCGAUCUGCUCAGACUGGAGAGACGUAGUAUCAGAUCCCGACUGCGCGCUGUAUUGGAGCCCGGCGAACAACGGCCUUCCAAAGCAACCGCGAAACGUGAGGCGAGAAACGCAACGAUCGGUGCCUGGCAGGCUAGAUGGCAAGCAACCUCAAAA